AUGGAAAAGCUGGAGCUCAGCCUCACAUCACUGGCUGCGAUUUCCAGGCAUGUCGACAAAAGUCACAACGAGCUGAGCAAGUAUUUGAGCAAGCAGGUAUGGAACCAGCAGGACAGGCAGUGCAUCCUGGGUUGUUUAGCCCAGCUCCUGCUGGAGAAGGAUUACACCCUCCUCAUUGCCCGGCAUCUGCGGCCGUUGAUCUUGGACCUGCUGGAGAGGAACGCCGAGAGGAUCAAGACGGACGUCAGGCUCAAUCACGACCUCCAUGAACGGUUGUGCGUGGCCGUCAGCAAGCUCCUCAGCAUCAGCCCGGACGCUCAGACGUUUGCAUCGAGGUACUUCACCAGUGCCCCGCCCGUCUUUCAGAGACUCUUCUUCACCAGCGAAGAGUCCGCCUCCAUACAGUACGGCCCCAGACGCAUGAAGCUGCGGGACCUGAUGGGGGCCACUCUCCGCUUCCUCCAGAGCGACUGCGAGAAGUUCCGAGUGCUGUGGGACUGGAGCGCCUGCGUCUCGCAGCUGCUCACGAGCGACGUCAUGGUCCGAGGUUACACUGUGCAGUGCCUUGCUUUGGUGUCCCACAUGACUGAUAACCAGAAGACGAUCUUCCUGAGGAAGGUUCUGUCCACUGAGGAGAUUCUGCAUCUGAAAAUGAAAUCACUGGAAGAGGCCCAGCAGCUUGAAGUAGAGCGAGCUCUGGUGUUGGCCAACCAGGGCUCAGUGAUGUGGCGUCUGGAAAGAGGAAAUAAGUAUACCAAGGGGCAGGUGGUGUCGGAGGACCUCUCCCAGAACGUUACCGCUGUGUGCGGAGUGAUCUUGCCAAGGCUGACCCCUCGACAAGAGGAACAGAAAUGCUUGCAAAACCUGGUGCUGGUGGACUCCACGUGUCGAAAUCUCAGACGGCUUGCCAUGGCUGUAGCGUCCCAGAAGCCCGUUCUUCUGGAAGGUCCCAUCGGCUGUGGCAAAACUGCCCUGGUCGAAUACCUAGCAGCUGUCACUGGCCAUGUCAAAGCCCCUGACAUCCUCAAGGUUCAGCUGGGGGAUCAGACAGACAGCAAGAUGUUGCUGGGGAUGUACCGGUGCACAGAUAUUCCUGGGAAGUUCGUAUGGCAGCCAGGGUCCCUCACUCAGGCGGUGUCCAAGGGCCACUGGAUUCUUUUGGAGGACAUUGAUCACGCUCCUCUGGAUGUGAUAUCAGUGCUGCUGCCUCUAAUGGAGAACAAGAAACUGACCAUUCCUGGACGGGAAGACUGUAUCCAGGUGGCCCCUGGCUUCCAGUUUUUCGCUACAAGAAGGAUGUUCUACAGUGGUGGAGCAUGGCACCGGCCCCAGAGCACCCAUGCUACUCUACUGGACAAAUACUGGAGCAAGCUACAGAUCUGCAAUAUGACCAGAGAUGAACUCAGACAGGUCCUGUUGAACCAGUACCCAAAUCUGGCGGCAGUGGUGGACCGCCUGCUGGACAUUUACUGCCAGCUGACCGGAGAUAGACACCAUGUCCCAGUCCUUUCCAACCUGCAGACCCCAGGCGAGGAGAAGUCCUCACUGCUGGAGGGCCGAGGACUCUCUCUGAGGGACUUGCUGAAGUGGUGCGAGAGAAUAUGUAUGAACUUUGACAACUCCUGCUCCGCCACAGCCCAGAACGUCUUCCUAGAGGCUCUGGACUGUUUCACUGCCAUGCUGUCUAAAGCUGAGAGCAGAAUAAAGUUGGCUGAGAUCAUUGGCAGCAAACUCAACAUCUCCAGAGAAAAGGCUCAGCAUUUCUGUCAAAUGUAUCAGCCGGGCAUCAGUGUGACGGAGCUGGAGGUGACGGUGGGACGUGCCAUGCUGCUGCGCAAACAGAGCGACGCCGUACGCCUGGAAAUAGAGAAACAGACUUUUGCUGCUACGCGUCCCUCCUCAGUGCUGCUGGAGCAGUUGUCUGUCUGCGUCACGAAGGGAGAGCCUGUCCUGUUGGUCGGAGAGACGGGCACAGGAAAGACAUCGACCGUGCAGUAUCUGGCAGGACUAACAGGACACAAGUUGCGUGUGGUCAACAUGAACCAGCAGAGCGACACUGCAGACCUGCUGGGAGGAUAUAAACCUGUGGAUCAUAAGCUGAUCCUGUUGCCUCUGCGUGAGGCGUUUGAGGAUUUGUUCUCUCAGACGUACUCUCGGAAGCAGAACAUCACCUUCCUGGGCCACGUACAGACCUGCUUUCGGGGAAAGCGCUGGCAGGACCUGCUCAAACUCAUGGACCACGUGUGCAAGUCUGCUCUCACCAAAGAGCUGCAAGACAAGCCCAACGCUGCAUUGCUGCAGGAGCAGUGGGAGGCACUGGCUCUGAAACUCAGUCAGACUCAGGAGCAGAUACGAGCACGGGAAUCCGCACUGGUCUUCGCCUUCGUUGAGGGCACUCUAGCACAGGCGGUGAAGAAGGGUGAGUGGAUUCUGCUGGAUGAAAUCAACCUUGCUGCCCCCGAGACUCUGGAAUGUUUGAGUGGUCUGCUGGAGGGCAGCGCUGGCUCUCUGGUGCUGCUGGACAGAGGAGACACAGAGCCUCUGGUCAGACACUCAGACUUCCGCCUGUUUGCCUGCAUGAAUCCAGCCACUGACGUGGGUAAGAGGAAUCUGCCUCUGGGAAUCCGCAACAGGUUUACUGAGUUGUAUGUAGAAGAGCUGGAGAGUGAGGCAGAUUUACGGAUCCUCGUCUCAGAUUACCUCAAAGGCCUUAACUUAAACAGGAGCACCAUCCAUGGAAUCAUCAGUUUUUAUUUGGCAGUUCGUAAGGAAGCUAACUCGCGCUUGGUGGACGGCACCGGCCACAAGCCUCACUACAGCUUACGUACACUGUGCCGCGCUCUCAAGUACGUGGCGGCCAACCCCUGCUACAAUGUCCAGCGCUCUCUCUAUGAGGGUUUCUGCCUGAGCUUCCUGACCCAGCUGGACCGCAGUUCUCAUCCCCUCGUGGAGAAACUGGUGUACCAGUACAUCCUGGGAGGAAAUAUCAAGUGUCUGAAGCAGCCCAUUCCAGAGCCCCGGUCCCGUGGCUUUGUGCAGAUGGAGGGUUAUUGGUUGAGUCAGGGUGAUAUGGACCCCGCUCUGGACCCCAGCUACAUCCUCACCCCCUCCGUCCGGCUCAACCUCAGAGACCUGUCCCGUGUGGUGGCCGCUGGUAUUCACCCUGUGCUGAUCCAGGGCGAGACGUCAGUGGGGAAGACCAGCCUGGUCAGAUGGCUCGCGGCCGCCACGGGGAAUCAAUGCGUGAGGAUCAACAACCACGAGCACACGGAUAUCCAGGAAUACAUCGGCUGCUACUCCUCCGACGAGCACGGCAAACUCGUCUUCAAAGAAGGUGUUCUGAUCGAUGCCAUGCGGAAAGGCUACUGGAUCAUUUUGGAUGAGCUGAACCUCGCCCCCACGGAUGUCUUGGAAGCCCUGAACAGAUUGCUGGACGAUAACAGGGAACUCUUCAUCGCUGAGACACAGGAAGUGGUCAAAGCUCAUCCCAGAUUCAUGCUCUUCGCUACCCAGAAUCCUCCAGGGCUCUAUGGUGGCAGAAAGGUGUUGUCCAGGGCGUUCAGGAAUCGUUUUGUGGAGCUGCACUUUGACGAACUACCCAGUGAGGAGCUGGAGACCAUCCUGCACCAGCGCUGCAGCCUGCCCCCCUCCUACUGCACCAAACUGGUCAAAGUUAUGCAGGAUCUACAGUCCUUGCGGAGGGGAUCCAGCGUGUUUGCUGGGAAGCAUGGUUUCAUCACUCUCAGAGACCUGUUCCGCUGGGCUGAACGUUACAGACUAGAGGAGCAGACGGACACCUCACGUGAUUGGCUGCAGCAUCUAGCUAACGAUGGGUACAUGCUGUUGGCGGGCCGUGUGCGGAAGCCAGAGGAGGCCUCGACUAUCCAGAACAUCCUGGAGAAGCACUUCAAGAGGACAGUAAACCCUGAUGUGCUGUUCUCGGAGGCUCAGGUCACCACCCAGUUCAGUCCGUUUGUGGCCAGCAUAGCAGGUGUUCCUGAGGAGUUCGGUCACGUGGUUUGGACUCAGGGAAUGAGGAGGCUCGCCGUGUUGGUGGGCCGUGCUCUCCGAUUCGGAGAGUCUGUUCUGCUGGUGGGGGAUACUGGGUGUGGAAAGACCACCAUCUGCCAGCUGUUUGCUGCUUUGGCAGGGCAGAAGUUCUUCUCUGUGAAUUGUCAUCUGCACAUGGAGACGUCCGACUUCCUGGGCGGCCUCAGGCCUGUCCGUCACGCUGGAACGGGACACGGCGAUGCUGAAGAUGGCCGUCUGUUUGAGUGGCGUGAUGGACCUCUAGUGCUGGCUAUGAGACAGGAGGGAGUGUUUCUGAUGGAUGAAAUUUCGCUGGCAGACGACUCUGUACUGGAGAGACUUAACAGUGUGCUGGAGACAGAGAAGUCUCUGGUCCUGGCGGAGAAAGGCAGCGGUGAUGACGACGAUGUUGAGCUCAUCAUCGCGGGGAAGAAGUUUCGACUGGUUGCCACCAUGAAUCCUGGUGGAGACUUCGGCAAGAAGGAGCUUUCCCCCGCACUGAGGAACAGGUUUACUGAGAUCUGGUGUCCCCAGACUAACAGCCGCAGUGACAUGAUGAAGAUCGUCCAGCACAACCUGCGAUCAGGGCUUUCCCUGGACCAGCAUGACCACCAAGGCAAGGACAUUGCCGAGCUCAUGCUGGACUUCAUCGACUGGCUGACCAAUCAGGAUUUUGGUAGGCGGUGUAUCCUGAGUGUCAGGGACAUCCUGUCUUGGGUAGACUUCCUGAACGUGGUAUGUGAGAGGGACGAGCCGCGAGACGAGAAUGGCUUCAUGGCACUGGCCGAAGUUGAGGAGCCGGAAUGGGACAAGAGGCUGGACACCGUCACUGCAUUCGUCCAUGCCGCCUGCCUGGUCUACGUGGACGGCAUUGGAUCAGGCACGACGGUGUCGGCAGCGGAGAACGCGGUGGCGGCACGUAAGGCGUGUCUUGCCUUUCUGGAGACGAAGCUGCGCCGAAUCACUCAGCUGGACAAGAAGAUGCAGGAGGUGCUGAGGGUGUACGACACAAGACUCCUCAGAGAUCCGCGCUGGGGCGAGGACUUCUUCGGAAUUGAACCCUUCUACAUCGUCUCCGGUCCUGAGAGUGAGAGCCGUAGUUUGUCAGAUUACGCUCUGGGUGCGGGUACAACAGCGAUGAAUGCCAUGAGGGUUUUGCGGGCGUUGAAGCUACAGAGACCAAUACUGCUGGAGGGAUCACCCGGAGUGGGCAAAACCAGCCUGGUGGCCGCCCUCGCCAAAGCAUCCGGAAACCACCUCGUCCGAAUCAACCUCUCUGAGCAGACCGAUGUUACAGACCUGUUUGGAACAGACCUUCCAGUGGAGGGUGGUAAGGGGGGAGAGUUUGCGUGGAGGGACGGUCCUCUGUUGGCUGCUCUGAAGGCUGGGCAUUGGAUUGUACUAGAUGAGUUGAAUCUGGCCUCUCAGUCGGUGCUGGAGGGUCUGAACGCCUGUUUCGACCACAGAGCAGAAAUCUACAUUCCAGAACUGAGCAUGCGUUUCCAGGUCCAGCAUGAGAAGACCAAGAUCUUUGGCUGCCAGAACCCCUUCACGCAGGGAGGAGGCCGCAAAGGCCUGCCCAAGUCCUUCCUCAACAGGUUUACUCAGGUGUAUGUGGACCAGCUCACCAGUGAAGACAUGCAGUUCAUCAGUAACUCCAUCUUUCCAAACAUUAAUGAGCAGAUCAUCUCCAAAAUGGUGCAGUUCAGCAACAGGCUUGCGCAUGAAGUGACAGUGGAGAGGAAAUGGGGUCAGAAAGGAGGACCAUGGGAGUUCAACCUACGUGAUCUCUUCCGCUGGUGUCAGCUGAUGCAGACUGACCAAUCACCAGCCUUCUAUAACCCUGGACAGCAUGUUGGACUGGUGUAUGCAGAUCGAAUGAGAACUGAAGCAGAUAAGGCUCAGGUGCUCUCUGUGUUCAGGAAGGUGUUUACAGAGGAUUUUGAGCCUUACAUGGGCUCAAGGCAGUUCCACAUUACUCCCCUCAACCUGCAGGUUGGUUCCUCAGUCCUACAGCGCAGCGGUGGGGCACCUGUCGCCCUGGACCCUCCUCUAUCCAUUACACAUCAGGCUUUGAGGCCGCUGGAGUCCAUAAUGAAGUGUGUGAAGAUGGGUUGGAUGGCCAUCUUGGUGGGCCCAACUGCCAGUGGGAAGAGUAGCCUGGUACACCUGCUGGCCUUACUGACCGGACACAGACUCAGGGUAAUGGCUAUGAACAGCGCUAUGGACACCACGGAACUGCUGGGCGGGUUUGAACAGGUGGACAUCAUCCGGCCAUGGCAGCAGGUGCUGGAGAGCAUGGACUACGUGGUUGCUAUGGUGACGCGGCGGGGGCUGAUGUCACUGGACGGGGCGGUGCAGGACACAGAGUUCCUGCUGAGCACGUGGAGCACGUUCCGCCGCUGGCUGCGGGACGAGGGACUCGACACCACCGAGGGAGCCCUGACCUUCGAGGCCCUGAACAAGCUGGAGGUCAUCAUAGUGCUUCUGCACAAGCUGAACACCAAACUCAAAGUCUUCACAGACAUGUCGAAGCUGCAGAUGGAUUUCACCCUGCUGAAGGAGCGCUUGGCGCAGAUGGAAGAUGGCUGGAGUCAUGGCGGUUUCGAGUGGCUGGAUGGCAUGCUGGUCCAAGCCCUGCAGGCUGGAGACUGGCUGCUUAUGGACAACGUCAACUUCUGCAGCCCGUCUGUGCUCGAUCGCCUGAAUGCUCUUCUGGAGCCGAGUGGGUCUUUGACCAUUAAUGAGCGUGGGGUCAUCGAUGGCACAACCCCGAGCAUCACCCCGCACCCGAACUUCAGGUUGUUCCUCACCAUGGACCCUGCGCAUGGAGAGAUCUCUCGGGCUAUGAGGAAUCGCGGGGUGGAAAUAUUCAUCCCUGGAGAGAACGAGGGGGUGUGUUGGGACUCACUGGACCUGAAGACGGUCUUACACACUCUAGGAGUGACCGGAGACUGUGUGUGCGACAUACUGAUGUCCGUUCAUUCUGAGAUCAAGUCGGCCAUCUGGGACUCUCCUGCCUCCUCAGUGUCGUCUCUGCUGCAUGCGGCAGCUCUGUUGUCUGGUCAGCUUCAGAGGGGAGUGGACCUGCCCAGUGCACUGUUGCAAGCCUGUGGGGAGGCCUACGCACUCUGCCAGCGCACCAUUGCCAACCAACAGUUGGCCCAGGAGGUGAUAGAGCGGCAGUUGGCUGUGCUGGACUCUGAGGAAUGGGGCAGCAGGCUGUUGUGUGCAGGUGUGUGGCCGGACAGGGUGCCCUCGGCCCUGCAGUCCACUGAGGACUCGUGCUUUUCCAGCGUCCAGAGAGACGGACAGGUCCUCCUCUACUGUCUCAACACACUCAGUCUGCACGGCAAGAGGAGUCGCCCGCUGAGCCUGACUGACCUGCAGAGGGCGAUGCAGAGUGGUGCUGUCCUGGAAGGCCUGCAGUUUCAUGGGGGAGGACCAGAAGGUGGAGCAGAGGGUGGAGUAAACGAGGCUCAGCAGCUCCUGCCCACUGCAGUGCGGAUCCUGACUGAGAGAGCCUCCCACAGUGACUGGGUCCUCCGAACUAGCUGGCUCUCUUACCUCAGCAAGAGCUACAAACAUGUGCCAGAGGCAGCAAUGAUGCAGCUGGAGGCGGGAAGCAGAGCUCUCAAAGCCGUCUUCAACAGCAAACUCAUCGGCAAGGGCAAAUACCUGACUGAGCAUCUUCAGCCACAUAGUACAGAUGACUACAGGAUCCUGGUAGACAUGCGGUGGAACAAACAGUACCUGGACAUCUUGGCCAACACCUGUAACUUUGAGGACGAGGAGAGAUGUAUGGAGUUUAUGGAGGCCCUAUAUGCUGUCGCCAACAGGAUCAUAAUACUGAUGGACCGGGAGGAGAGAGCAGCUAUAGGCAGCAGCACUGGAAAUACGUCACCCCAUAACAGCGCCUUAAGACUGGCCACUGCCUUCUCUAAAGGCACCGUAGAUAUCGGACACCUGCCACACCCGGUCCUGGUGCACCUGCGGCCUUUCUUCGACCUGUGGGACUCCUUUGUACUGCAGGCUGUACAGACAGACCAGCCCAACAUCUCUGACCACCUCAUGUUUGAGAUCCUGCAGCUGCUUCAGUGGAGGGAUCGUUUCUGGCACGUGUGUAACUCGUUGCCAGCGGACGCUUGUGGCGUGUGUGUGCUCUCCCUGCACUGGCAGUGGGUCCACAAACACCUGGUCCUGCGACUGCCCCAGCUCCUGAUGGGGGAUGGAGACUAUGAGGGUCAGCAGGAGCUGCACACCAUCUCCACAGCCAUCCAGAACACACUGUCCAGCUCCGUUUCUGUGGCCUCGGCACUGAAGAACAUUCAGAAAACCCUGGGCAAGCCACUGCCCUUUAAGCUGGAGGCCGUGGCUGAAUGUGCUGCUCGUCUUCGCUUCCUCAGCAGAGCGUUAGACGUCAAAGACCUGCGCCUGGACGACAGCACGCCUUCACUUUGGAAACGGGAGGUGACUCGUCUCCGGGGCGUUGCCAUGGGGAUAGACUCUAAGGAAGCCCUUUUGGAAGGCUGGGGUCUGGUCCUGCAGGCCAAUCUUCUGCUGGACCCUCGUAGCACUGGUGUGCUGGACAGACUGCUCACCUGUGUGGAUCAGCAGCAGGGUCACCUGGCCUCCUGUGGUCUGCUGGAUUCUCUCACUGAGACUGUGGACGAGGAGAUAAUGGGCGACGGCGCCGCCCCAGGCCGUGAGGUGCUACUGCAGCUGGGCCGCAGAGCUCAACUCUGGCCGGUGCUGGAGGAACUGGCUGUUCUGAAUCAAAUGAAAGUGACUGCAGACCUGCUGCACCUGUCCGUAAUGCAAAGAGGGAAUAAGGAAGCAGAGGCUGGUCUCUGUCGAUCCCUUUCCAAUCACCUUCGCUUCUGUAUGCAGUCCACACCCAUGAACAUCCGCCAGCUCCAGCCACUGUGGUUCCUGCUCAGCACAGAGCGGCCUGUAGAGGAGCUGCCGUUAGUGUGGUGUGAGCUACUGUCUGAGACGCUGGCGGCGCUGUGGAGCAGCAGUGUGACCUCUGACCCUGAGCGCUGGCUGAGGUGGAGCCCACUGAGUCCAGAGGAGCAGAAAAGCUCCAGAUCACUGCUGGGGCCCUCUGACACGGGUCCUGGCAUGCUGAGUCGUGCUGUGUGGUCCCGCUGCAUACUGGGAGUUUUAAGCGGCAGUGAGGUGGGUGGGCGCUGGGACCCGUCAGGCUCCUCCUUCCUGUCGUCAUCGCGUGUGACGCUGGGCGAGUGGAGAGAGAGAGUGGGGCAGCUGCAGGACCUCAGCGCCGUGCUCUGGGACAACAUGGCUAUGCCCGAACUCGCCGACUUCAGGUUAACAGACUGCAGGCUGCAGGGGCUGGUCCUGUGCCGGCAGCUGCACGCUCUCUCUGACCUGCUCUCUCCAGGCUUACAGGAGAGCUACGCAGAGUCCUGCGAGAGCCUUAUCGAUGGUCAGGACCCCGUCAGGGCAGCCCAGGAGAUACAAGUGGCCCUCAGAGAAGGCCUCCCUGAAAACCUUCUCCCAGAAGGCUUCCUGGACACGCUGGUGACCUGCUUGACCCAGUUCUCCCAUAAUCGUGUGCAGGAUGCCAUCCAGCCGGCCCGGUCCGGCGUGUUCUGGGUGAACAUGGGUCUCCUGCAGAUCCAAGUUUGGGCCCCUCAGACCAUUUUUGACCCGGCAGUGAAGAGGGCGUAUAAACUCAGCUACGCACAAGAAGAGCUUGCUUUGCUCCAGGAUGAGUGGAGGGGGAGGAGUCUCUCCUCUCAGCUGCUGACAGGGGCGGAGCUUGAAGAGAGCAGCACCACUGAUGCCUUCCAGCAUCCUCGAAUCAGGUACCUGUGGAUCCGCAUGCAGCAGGUCAAAGAGCAGAUUUGUGAGCUCGGCCGUAAGCAGGCCUGUCGCCCGGCUGACCCGCAAUACGGCCGCCUCUACCAGGAGCUCCAGCACUACCUGUGCAGCAUUGGGCAGCCGGCAGCCGUGGGCGACCUGCUGUCCCACCUGCUGAAGGCACUGCAGGGCUCCGGGCCAAAGUCCAGACCAGGCAUCCAGGGCCUGCUAAAAGAGGAGGCGGUGUGGCAGGCGUCCCAGCAGCGCUUCGCUCAGCGGCUGGCCGAGGAGUACCCGCUGUAUCCGGAUGUGGUGGUGCCGCUACGCUCGGCCAUUUUGCAGUUGCAGCACGGCAUGCGCCUGCUGGCCUCGCAGGUGUCCUCCUCGCUGACAGCGUUGCCGGGCUUGCCCCGCCUUCUCUCUACUCUGCUGGCUUUUCCUGGUCCACCGCUGUCCUCCGAUCUGGCCAGUGCAGACUUCCUGUGCUCUCGGGCGUGCAUUGAUGUGCUGCGGGGGCUGGGGAAGUUGCUGCCAGCUGCUGAGGCACCUCGCGUGGUCCCUGACCCCUCUGUUUUACUGCUUAGUGCCCUGCUGCGCCUGCAGAGCCACUCACUGACUGCUGGACAGCUGGGGACGGAGGCUCGCACACUGCUUAGACACGUUUGUCAGGCUCUUGUGAAUGAGUGGGACGAGCAGGAGAGGAGAGCGCGGGAGAAAGAGCAGAGAGAAGCCAGUCUGUACCGCAGCCGCUCUCGUCUGCACGGAACAGGCCUUACUGAGGAGCAGCAGGAGGAGCGCGAGUUCAGACGAUCCUUCCCCACUUACCACAAGGAUUUUGCUGACAUCACCGCAGAACCCAGUCUGGAGCAGCCAAUUAUUAUCGAGGAUGAUGAAGACGAUGUUGAAGAGGCAGAGUCUAGCGAAAGCAGUGGCUUCCGGUUAGCCAGCUGUCACACCAUCGUCCAGGUGCACCAGCGACUUUGCCUAUCAUACGCCCAAUCACUGUGGUACGAGCCCAGCCCCCUGACCAAUCAGAGCAAAGACCACAUCAGUGCUCUGGUCUCAUCCUAUCAGAUCACUGCACCCUUGAUAGCUCGCUUCUAUCAUCUAAUGGAUUGUGAAAUGGACUCUCAGUUGACAGGUUCUCAGCUGUUGCUCAGUUCUCUGCUGCAGAACACAGUACGGGGCUCUGGGGGUCCAGCCGGUUUGAUCCUGCAGAGUGACGGGCCCUACGACUUUUAUAGAGAGCCCAACAUGAGCCAGGCCCGGCUAUGCCUGCCUGCCAUCGAGCAGCUGGGGCAGGCUGUCCGACAGCGUUUGGACGACUGGCCAGAACACCCAGCUCUGAUUCAGAUCACUGUGGUCAUGGAGAGAAUUCUAGCCUUCAGUCUGUCCAGCCCUCUAGCCAAGUUCCUUAAUGGCCUGGAGAUCCUACUCAGCAAAGCACAAGACUGGGAAAAUAACGCCAGUCGUUCAGUGUCUCUAAGGAACGAGUUGGAACCGAUCACUCAGCUCAUCAUCCAGUGGAGGAAACUGGAGCUUAAUUGUUGGUCAAGCAGUCUGGACAACGCUCUGAAGCGGCAUGCGGAGAACUCCAACAAGCACUGGUUCUCCAUCUACCAGCUGAUAGAGAGACAUCUGCAGGAGAAGAGCACUGGCUCUAAGUCUGCAGAGGGAGGUGUGGAGGAGUUGUCCAUCUCCGCAGUCUCGUCCACUCUACAGGGCUUUAUGGAGGGCUCCACUCUGGGAGAAUUCCACACUCGGCUGACCAUGCUACUGGUCUUCCACUGCCAUCUCCUACUGGCUCCCAAACAGGAAGGACACGGCUCAGUGUGUAGUCUGCUGUGGAACCUGCACAAGUACUACGCACAAUUCUCAGAGAGCGUCCAGUCCAGAAUGAGUCAGCUGAGGACCCCCAUCGAGAAAGAACUCAAGGACUUUGUCAAGAUCUCCAAGUGGAAUGAUGUCAGUUUCUGGUCCAUCAAGCAGUCUGUAGAGAAAACACACAGGACCCUGUUUAAGUUUGUGAAGAAGUUUGAGGCGGCGCUGGCUGAGCCAUGUGCUCCCUGCCUGGUGGAGCAGGCCAGCAGUGCAGGGAUGGACAGCGUGGACACUCAGCCGGAGGAGACACCACUGCACCGACUCCACCGGGCGCUCAACAGCAGCCUCCCAGGACGGGGCAGAGACCUACAGAGUGACGGUCCAGAGGAAAUCACAUCAGGUCUGGAGCCCUUGUCACUGCAGGCUCGCUUGCCCUUCCUCACGAGGAGGAUGAGGAAGAUGUGCGUGCAGCUGGUGAAGAAGAUGCCUCUGCCGGAACUGUCAGAGGACCUUGACCAGUUUACAGCGGAGAUCAUUGCCAACGUACAGGCCCUCCAGAGUCUGACAGUGGACCGCUCUAUGGAACAGGAGAGACAGAAGGCCGAGGUCAAACAUAUCCUGCUGCAGAAACAGAGAGCUUUGGCUGACCUCUUCAAAAUGCUGGCACAGAUUGGCCUGUCAUACCGCAAAGGCCUGACGUGGGGUCGUUCAGCAGAUCCGGAGGAGCCACUAUGUCUGCAGCCUAUUGAGAUGAGGACAGCACUGUCAUCAGUCAGGACACAGGAUCACGCCGAGAACACCCUGUUUUCUGAGAUGUCCAGUGCUUGGGACGGCUGUCAGAAGUAUUUUUACCGCUCCUGGGCCAGACGCAACGCCAUGCAGGCUGCACUGCAGACGGCUGCAAAGGAGCUGGGUUUGGGGAGUGUGGAGCGUUGCCGUGGUUUCUCCUCUCACCUCUUCAAACUGCUGCUGAGACAACGACGCCGACUCACCAAAUUAACAGAACACUGGGUGCACCUCAGGAAGUUGAUUGACAGCAUCCAGGACGUCCGCUCACAUGUGACCGAUUCGAGUAAGGAAGAGGACAGUGGUCUUCCUCCUCAGGACUCUCUGCAUGGCUGGGUGGUGAGGGCUCAGGCUCUGGCGCAGCAGUGCAGCGCGGCCUUGCAGCAGUUCUCCUGGGUUCUCCAGUGCUGUCCGGAGGGUACCUCUGCUGCACUGUCCCAGGCUGGACAGGGGGAAGCCACUCUGAGCCACCCGUCACCUCUGGCCCCUCACCUGCAGCCUCAGGCGUGUCUGAUGAGGCGGGGCGAGGCGGGCUGGAGCGAGGCAGUGCAGAGGGUGGAGGCUUUACACAGCGAGAGCACGCAGCUGAAAGAGAAGCUUAAUGCUCUAGAGCUAGAGUCUACAAACGGAGCCAUCCAUACAUGGAGCCACAUGGAGCAGUGCUGCUCGUAUGUAUAUGGUCUGGGGUCACUGGCGGGCCGCAUGGUGGCUCUGGAGCAGCUCUUUGUCCCUGAGGGGUUAGCAGUGCUCAACACACAGCCGAGUCUGACCCGAGGGCUUCACGCGGUCAGGGGUGAGGUGGACACCUGCGUCACGGAGUUCACCGCGUGGAAAUCUCAGCUGCUGUCACUCGGACAGACCUCAAAACGUCCUGCUACGUCAUUCCAGGCUGAGUUCUCGGAGCAGGUGGAGAGAACCAUCAACACGGUUCUGUGUGCGGUGCAGAGCUUGGUGAAAAGGAGAGAAAGAGAGAGUGAGGGAGAACAACAGGCAGACAGCAGAAGGGAAAGUGAUUCCGAAGUGGCUGAAGAGCUGUUGAAGCCGGGUCACUUGAGCAGGCUGCUGGAAGAGGACCUGAGUGGGGACGUGUUGUCACUUUCCGUGCCUGACGUCGUGGGGGUGACGGAGCAGCUUCUGGAACGACUGAGAUCCCACAGAGACGCCUGUUCGCCGCAGCACUUGGGAGAGAUUAAGGAGGCCUGCAGGUUUCUGGUUCGUCUGGAGCCCAUGCUGUGUGUGUACUCGGAGCUAGUGCGCUGGUACGUGGCUGUGUGCAUGGGCACUCAUCGCAGCACCGGCAAACUGCUGUCCGUCCUCGCCAGCCUCUUCACUGACCUCGGCCAGAAGGGGUUUUGUUUGCCGCAGGAGCUGAUGGGAGGAGGUGAUGGGGAGGGAGCUACAGAGUUCCAUGACUAUGAGGGUGGGGGUAUUGGAGAGGGAGAGGGAGUCAAAGACGUCAGUGACAAGAUUGAGAAUGAAGAUCAGGUUGAGGACACGUUUCGGGAAGGACAGGAGAGAGAGGAGGAGCCAGACCAGCGAGACAUUAAAGAGGAAGACAACGCCAUCGAGAUGUCUGAGGACUUUGAUGGAAAGAUGCACGACGGCGAACCUCGAGAACCAGGUGAGGAUGAGGAGGACUCUGAUGAAGAGCAGAAUGAGGAGCUGGAUAAGAAGAUGGGAGAUCUGGGAGAUGGGCCGACGGACACCCUGGAUGAAAGGAUGUGGGGUGAUGAAGAUGACGAUAAUGACGACCUUGACGGCAGUGAUAAGGAGGAAGAGUCCGGGCCGGGAAUGGACCAGGGAGAGUCUGAGUUGGUUGCCAAGGACGACAACACAGACGCUGGGGAGUCCAACAAAGAUAAGAAGAACCAGGACAAAGAUCAUCCGAUGGACAGCGAAGACCAAAAGGAGAAAGUACAUGAGCAGAUAGAUGAGCGUGAGUUCGAUGAGAACGAGGUGGACCCCUAUCACGGCAAGCAGGAGCACAAGACUGAGCCGGAGGCCAUGGACCUGCCGGAGGAGCUCAACCUGGACGAGGACGAGCAGGGAGGAGAGGACGAGGGGGGAGAGGGAGAUGCCGAGAACCCGUAUGACAUCGAGGACAAACCCAUGGAGGUAGACGAGGCGGAAGGCAACGGUGAGGAAGAGGGAAGCACAGAGAUGAUGGAAGACCAACAGGAUGGUGAAGGAGGAGAAGACAAAGAACAGAAAGGAGAGGAAGACGCAGGAGAGGAACAAACAGAGGGGGAGGAAGACUCUGAAACAGAUGAGAGAGGAGGGAAUGAAGGAGAGGAGGAUGAGGACGAGAAGGAGAGAGGACAGGAAGAAGGGAGAGAGGAGGAGAAGUCUAUCCCGGCUGACCAGGGCCAGAAACCAAAGGAGGAGGAGCAGUCUGGUGAGGAUGAUGAUGAACCACAGGUAGAAUCAGCUGAGAGAAAGGAGCACGCGACUGAUGGGCAGACGGGCGAGGAGAACGUUCAGAGUGAGACGGCAGUGGAGCUGGCAGGUGCUGCGUCAGAACGAGACCAGGCCAAAGAGGAGCACGGCAGCGGGGCAGCUGAUGCCAGUCAAGCUGAGGGACACGACUCGAAACUGAUGGCGAGGAUGAGCUCUCAGAGACAGAGACAAAAACAAACACAGAGUUUUAAGCGGAAGCCGGGGCGGGCAGAUAACGAGCGCUCUCUGGGUGAUGCUAACGAGCGGGUCAACAAGCGCCUGCGUACGAUGGAGAGCGCGGAGCGGAGAGAGCAGGAGCAGACCUCAGCUGACGCUCUACAGGAGUCUGACCUGUACGAACACAUCAAACAAGGAGAAGAGAAAUACGAUGCGCAAACAUAUGAUGCUGCAAGCACAGAGCAACAGAGGCCUGCUGCUAUGAAGCAGGAGGAUGAUGAUGAUGAUGAGGAAGAUGACAUAGCCAUGGAUACAGAUGAAGAGAAAGAACUGCAGGCAGUAGAAGCUCCAGAGCUGAAGCCAGAGAAGAUGGACAGCUCUAAGGCCUCUAAAAGAGGUAUGGAAGAGGGAGAGAUGGAGAGCCAGAAGCAGGCUGACAAAGAGGAGGAUGAAAAGCCAGAGGACAGGGAGAGUCGUGAUGAAGAAGAGAGGAAGGAGAGGAGUAGAGAAUCUACCAUCCACACUGUACCAGAACUGCUGACAGAAACGCUCAAGCUCCCAGCGAAGGACCCAGAACUGCUGAGGCGAGAGUUGGAGCUGCAGUUGGAAGACUGGCAGAAGCAAACUGCAGGAACAAAGGAAGAGGAGAGCGCAGCAGCGGCGAUGUGGCAGCAGUAUCAGACCCUCACGUCUCCUCUCUCACAGCAGCUGUGUGAACAGCUCCGGCUCAUUCUGGAGCCCACGCAGGCCUCCAAACUCAAGGGGGACUACCGCACAGGGAAGCGGCUGAACAUGCGUAAGGUCAUUCCCUACAUCGCCAGCCAGUUCCGCAAAGAUAAAAUCUGGCUGAGGAGGACGAAACCCAGCAAGAGGGACUAUCAAAUCUGCCUGGCUGUGGACGACUCGUCCAGUAUGGUGGACAACCACUCCAAACAGCUGGCGUUUGAGUCUGUCUCUGUAAUAGUGAACGCUCUGACGCUGCUGGAGGUGGGACAGGUAGCAGUGUGCAGCUUUGGCGAGAGCGUCCAGCUGCUCCACCCUUUCCACCAGCAGUUCAACGACCAAUCAGGAGCCAGAAUACUGCGACUCUGCCAGUUCCAGCAGAAAAAGACAAGAAUAGCUCAAUUUUUGGAGUCUUCAGCUAACAUGUUUGUGGCAGCUAAACAGCAGAGCCCUGGCUCAGCAAAUACAGAGACGGCUCAGUUGUUGCUGAUCGUGUCUGAUGGCAGAGGUUUGUUCCUGGAGGGGAAGGAGAGGGUCGCGGCUGCAGUUCAGGCUGCUCGGAGUGCGAAUGUCUUUGUCAUAUUUGUAGUGCUGGACAACCCCAACUCCAGGGACUCCAUACUGGAUAUCAAAGUGCCCAUCUUCAAAGGGCCGGGGGAGCUGCCAGAGAUCCGCUCGUACAUGGAGGAGUUCCCCUUCCCCUUCUACGUGAUCCUGCGCGACGUCAACGCUCUGCCCGAGACGCUGAGCGACGCACUGCGGCAGUGGUUCGAGCUCGUCACUGCCACGGACCAGUAGCUACGCGUGCGGAAGCCGUCAAGCAGGGGCCACACAUCUGCACAAAAUUCCCGGUGCUGCUAGCCCUCCCGGACACGGAGACUCAGACAGAUGCACACACACGCAUCCACACAUCGGACCGGCUGCUGUACAUGUGCCUUUUUUUUUCUUAAUUUUGGUAUUAUUUUAUUGAAUUGUAGUUGCAGCAGUGGCUGCUAUUACUAUUCCUCACAUUGACUAGGAAUUUGAAGAGCUUUGGAUUAUAAUAGUAUUUUUUCCUCUCUCUCUCUCUCUCUUGCUCUCUUAUUGUUACCAUCAUUCAACUUCUGCACGCGUUUCCGUUUUUGUCUUGAAAGAAAAUGUGAUUCUCUACCAUUUUGAAUGAAACAAAAGCCUUCAGUUGGACUCUGUGAAUGUGGACGCGUGGUCCCAGGCUCAUUCAUUCUGUACAUGUCCAGUUUCCAAAUGUGAAAUACUGUUCGUCGAGUGCGAAUGGCACUGCCAAUGCUCAUCUAACGUGAUCGAUAUGCCCAGAAAAAGGUGCACGUGGAUGUGGAUAUUCUCGUCCUGACACAUUUGAAGAAAUCCAGCAAAAAUGUGCCUUUUUAAGACUCCCCCACUUCCUUAUCUCUGCUUGGACGGCAUCACUUGGACAGUAUGUGCAGGAAAACUCAUUGCCUGUGCACAUUUUUAAGGAUUCUGACUACUGUAUCAGGCCGUUAUGUCCCACACGCCUGAAAGUGCUGCUAAAUGAGGCAUUUGGUUAUGAAUUCAGCAUUGUUAGAUCUACAGCCCUGGAGGGCCUUCGUCCAGCACAGUUUUCUGAAUUCCCUUCUCAGAAACAUCUGAAUCAACUCAUCCGUUCAUCAUCAUGUUUAAUACAUGUGGUCAAGUAGGCAGAUCUCCAAAACUGCUAGGAUCUGGCCUUUCCUGGCCGACAGAAACUGAAGGUACAAACUCCACAUCCUGUGACCAGGCGUGUCAACUUUAAAUACAUUUCUUUGGCAUCGUUUUUAUUAAACUACUUCUAGGAGACACUGUUUCAGUUUAGUAUGUGCAUUCUGUGUUCAAGCUGGUAGCCUCAAUAAAAAAAAAGGAUUCUUCCUGUACACAACAUUUCAACCCGUAGCUCAGCGUAUGUCUUGGGUCUUCAAACAUCAACACCUUCAGUGGGGAAAUAAUAAUAAAAGAUUUUUGGACCUGUCUUUUCAUGAUGGCCUGAUUUGAUGUUGGAUCUUAAGAUGUGGAGGAUCUUAUGAGACACAUGUGACUGAUACCUGUUGGCCAGUGGUAGUUUUUGCUCAUAUUCCGUUAAAAAACAGUUGUAAGCACUUGUACAAACUGAAGGAGACACAAUUUUUAGUAUUUGGCCAGAACUUUUUAAGAAGUGUAUUAAAAGAAUAAAUAGGGAAAAUGUAC